CUAGGCUUGUCUGGGGACACGAGCAAGAGGAAAGCUGUCAUUGCAGACAGAAUGGUUGAAAUCCUUCUCCAUUAUGCUGAUCGGACUUUGAAGAAAUGCCCUGACCAAGGGAAAAUCCAGGUGAUGGAGCAACAUUUUCAGGAGGUGGUGCCUGUCAUAGUUGAUUACUGCCUCUUGCUCCAGCGCACGGAUCUAUUAUUUAACCAGAUAUAUGAUAAGAUGAGUGAGAAUUCUGUAGCUAAAGGCAUCUUUCUGGAGUGCUUGGAGCCAUAUAUCUUAAGUGAUAAGUUGAUGGGAAUCACAGCCCAAGUGAUGAAAGACUUGCUGCUUCACUUCCAAGACAAGAACAGGUUAGAAAAUUUGGAAGCCUGCAUUGUGCAUAUGGAUAUCACCAGCUUAGACAUACAGCAGGUAGUUCUUCUGUGCUGGGAAAACCAUCUCUAUGAUGCCAUGAUCUAUGUCUACAACAGUGGGAUGAAUGACUUCAUUAGUCCCAUGGAGAAACUCUUCAAAGUCAUUGCUCCUCCACUGAAUGCUGGAAAGUCUCUCACAGAUGAGCAGGUGGUGAUGGGCAACAAGCUGCUUGUAUAUAUAAGCUGCUGCUUGGCAGGCCGUGCAUACCCUUUGGGUGAUAUUCCUGAAGAUCUGGUACCUUUGAUUAAAAAUCAGGUCUUUGAGUUCCUCAUCAGGCUGCACUCCGUGGAGGGCUCUGUGGACGAGGAGCUCUACCCCCACAUCCGCACCCUGCUGCGCUUCGACACGCGCGAGUUCCUCAACGUCCUGGCUCUGACUUUUGAAGACUUUAAGAAUGACAAGCAAGCUGUGGAAUACCAACAGAGGAUUGUGGACAUACUUCUGAAAGUGAUGGUGGAGAAUUCUGACUUCACCCCAUCACAGGUUGGCUGUCUCUUCACCUUCCUGGCCCGGCAGCUCGCCAAGCCCAACAACACUUUGUUUGUGAACAGGACACUUUUUGACCAGGUCCUUGAAUUUCUCUGCAGCCCAGAUGACGACUCCCGCCACUCUGAGAGGCAACAGGUGCUUUUAGAAUUGCUCCAGGCAGGAGGGAUAGUCCAGUUUGAAGAGAGCCGUCUCAUCCAAAUGGCAGAAAAAGCUGAAUUCUAUCAGAUUUGUGAGUUCAUGUAUGAACGAGAGCUUCGUUAUGACAAAAUAAUUGACUGUUACCUGCAUGACCCUGUCAGAAAGGAAGAAGUUUUCAACUAUAUUCACAACAUCCUGUCCAUGCCUGGCUACAGUGCUGAGGAAAAGCAGUCAGUGUGGCAGAAAGCUUUGGAACAUAUAGAGGAGCUGCUGUUACUGAGCCCCUGUAAAGCAGCUGACCUGGUAGCCAUUCACUUCAGUGAGCAGAUUGAGAGCAUCAUUACAAACCUUCAGGACCAGUUCUUACUCUUCCAGUUCCUGAGGAGUCUCCUUGACCCAAGAGAAGGCAUUACCCAGGACCUGACACACUUACCACCCUGCAUCAGUGAGCAGUUCAUUGAGCUGCUGUGUCAGUACAGCCCAGACCAGGUUUUGGAGACACUUAAAGUUCUGGAAUACUGCAGACUGGAAGAAACCAUACAGAUAACCCAGAAACAUCAGCUCCAUGAAGCUUCUUCAUAUCUGCUGGAGAAGAAGGGAGAUAUCCAUGGUGCCUUUUUGGUUAUGCUUGAGAGAUUGCAGAGCAAGUUGCUGAUGCUUAUGCAAGAUGAUGAAAGUAAGACUGAACUUUCCUUGCUAGAAAACAUUGAAGACAUCUUAAUGAAAACAAUUGCCCUUUGCCAGAGAAAUUCACACAAUUUAGACCAGCAGCAGCGAGAGGCCCUCUGGUUUCCCCUGCUGGAGGCUAUGAUGUCCCCACAGAAAUUAUCUGGUUCCUCACAGUGUCGACACUCUGAAUCUUUGAAGAGUUUGACAAUGCAGGUGCUGAACAACAUGGCUGCAUUUAUUGCUCUUCCUUCAAUCCUGCAGAGAAUUUUACAG